GUUUAGUUUGAGAUUAAAAACUUCAAAAAUUUAAAUUCGCAGUUAUAAGUUUUGGAUUUAAUCCUUUAUUUUAGAUGAUGAAAGCAGACAUAAUUGAAUCGAGUCAAAAAAGAGACUAUCAAGAUCCACAAGAACGACAAAAGUUAUUGGAGUUAUUGGUAUCAAAAGGAAAAUGCGAAAGCAUGAAGAAUUGUUCGUCUGUGCCUGAUAUUUCAAGCGCAACAAGAAACGAGAUUAUCAAGUUGUGUCAAAAUCUUGAUGAUAAAAAUGAAUCCGAAAACUCGUCAGCAUCACUUAACAAAAGAUGUCCGAAAUUCCCAAGACAUGAUAUAACAAAUGAAACCGGAAACCAUCAAACAACUCUUCUGCCAGCUUCCGAUAAUCAGCGACCAAAGUCAAAAGGCUUAGGAUGUCAUGGCAACAGCGACGAUUGCUAUGAAAAGAAGAUGUUUAAGUUUCCCUACAUCAACCCAUUAACUUCAAAAGCACCACCACUAAGGCCAAAGUCUUAUAAUUACGAAUCAACUGCAUAUCGAGAUGAAAUUGGUACACCAGCCAAUCUUGUUUUUAAGUACAAUCUUCAUGAACACUCAAAAUGCGGCAAAAGUGGCAAAAAAUGUGCACAUCUUAUCGGAAGACUUUCAGCUUCCAAACAAGCUUAA